GACAAGUUAAAUGACUUGUUCAAGACUGUCUAAAAAGAAGUGACCCUGAAUCCUAGUCUUACAUAUCCUGAUACAGACUAAUGUUUUUUCCACCAGUAAUGUAAGUCUAGUAUUAACCUAAAAUCCAAUCUUCCAGGUAGAUAGAAUGAGUGUUUAUUGUAUUUUUGGCUCCAAAAUGCUAGCCUUCAGUUGACUCUUGAAACUCUCCCUUCUUAGUAUCUUGUUUGACAGUAGGUAAAGCAGACGUCCUCAUUAGAAGGAUCCAAGAUCUCUCACUGAGUUGUUGAUUUCCUUCUGUUUCCCUUGCAGAUUUGGCAGAAGUGAAGAGUGAGCCAUGAGAAAUCGCACAUUGGUAACAGAGUUCAUCCUCCUAGGACUAACAGAUGAUCCAGACUUACAGGUCUUAAUUUUCCUCUUUCUGUUUUUCACCUACAUAUUAAGUGCAACUGGCAACCUGACCAUCAUCACUCUUACCUUGCUGGACUCUCGCCUUAAGACUCCCAUGUAUUUCUUUCUCAGGAAUUUCUCCUUCUUAGAAAUAUCAUUUACAUCUGUCUGCAUUCCACGAUUCUUGGUCACUAUUUUAACUGGGGACAGGACAAUUUCCUAUAAUUCUUGUGUAGCUCAGUUAUUUUUUUUAAUCCUCCUGGGUUCGACAGAAUUUUUUCUGCUGGCUGCCAUGUCCUAUGACCGCUAUGUGGCCAUCUGCAAACCCCUACACUACAUAAGUAUUAUGAACCCCAAAGUCUGUGGUCAGCUUGUAAUCAGCUCUUGGCUGGCAAGUUUUCUCAUUAUCUUUCCACCAGUCAUUAUGGGCCUCCAAUUGGAGUUCUGUGACUCCAAUGUCAUUGAUCACUUCACCUGUGAUUCUUUUCCCAUGCUGAUGAUCUCUUGCACAGACACCAGAGUCUUAGAAGUCAUGAGUUUUUGCUUAGCUUUGUUCACACUCAUGGUCACUUUAUCUUUAGUGAUUCUCUCUUAUGGAUACAUCCUCAGAGCCAUUCUGAAAAUUCCUUCUGCCCAGCAAAGAAAAAGGGCUUUUUCUACUUGUUCCUCCCACAUGAUUGUUGUCUCCCUCUCUUAUGGAAGCUGCAUCUUUAUAUACCUCAAACCCUCAGCAAAGGAAGGGGUGGCAAUGAUCAAAGGGGUAGCAGUGCUGAAUACUUCUGUUGCCCCCAUGCUGAACCCCUUCAUUUACACCCUGAGGAACCAGCAAGUGAAAGAAGCCUUUAAGGACAUGGUCAAAAAGAUCCUUUUUCUCAAAUAA